AUGGGCACCACUAGCAAACCAGCCAACUAUGACACUGACGAGAAGCUCGUCAUCGCGCUCGACUUCGGCACCACCUUCUCUGGCAUAGCUUUCUGCUUUCCCAACCAGAGAGACACAAAGGUGGCAGCCAUAAUGGAGUGGCCGGGCACCGAGGGCGAAAGCGCUCCCAAGAUUCCGACGCUGAUUGCCUACGGGCCGGACGGGCACAAGUACCGAUGGGGCGCCGAUGUCAACGGCUUGCAAGACGGCAUUGUGGGCGUGAAAUUGCUCCUCGACCCGACCCAAGAGCGGCCCAUGUAUCUGCCCAGCGGUAACAUCAAACGAGACAUCAAGAAACUGCCGAAGCCGCCGGUAGAGAUCGCUGCAGACUUCAUAAAGUCCAUUUAUAAGCACGCUUUGAAACAGAUCGAGAAAGAAGUUCCCAGCGGAUACAUGGCCCUCUGCCAAAAGCAGUUCGUGCUAACAGUCCCCGCUGUAUGGUCUGAUGCAGCCAAGAACGCAACGCUCACGGCGGCCAAGUAUGCGGGAAUCUAUCCCGUGACGCUGAUCAAAGAGCCGGAGGCUGCGGCUUUGUACACGAUGCACUCCCUGGGCUUCACCUUGAAGGUGGGAGAUGUGUUCGUGGUUUGCGACGCCGGGGGUGGCACUGUCGAUCUCAUCUCGUACGAGGUGGUUGCAACCUCGCCAAAACUGCAGCUUACGGAAUUGGUACCGGGAACAGGAGGCAUGGCAGGGUCACUUGGCCUGAACCAGCGGUUUAGUGAGGCUGUCAAGAACCUCGUCGGAGAGGACCAGUUCCACGAGCUGCGGAAGACGAAGGGGUUCCACCUAGCGCAAAAGAGCUUUGACAGUCAGGUGAAGAAGGCCUUCCGAGGCAGAAGUAAGGAGGAGUACUUCAUAAAUUUUCCAAUGGCGACCCUCGAAGAUGAUCCCGAGAACAGACUCGUGUCUAACACAUGGAAGAUGACCGGUCAUGACCUGAAGGAGAUAUUCGCGCCCCUAGUUACCGACAUUCUGCGGCUCAUAGAAGAUCAAGUGAAGUCUGUCAAAAUCAAGAGACCUGGCAAGGAUGUUACUGGAGUAUUUCUGGUCGGCGGAUUCGGCAGUAGCCAGUACCUCAAAUCCUGUGUCGAGAAGCAACAUCCUGGCAUACAAGUCUUGCAGCCAAACGAUGCGUGGGCGGCAAUUGCGAAGGGUGCCGCGCUGAGCCAAUUGUCCCAUGAGACAGCCGUCGUAUCGACAUCCGCAACCAAACACUACGGCGUGGAGGCUUGGGCGAGGAAGGACCCGGACCGCGAUGAAGGCCAGCCUACGGAGGUUUGGAGAGACGGCAGCACACGCGUAGAAACAGUAAGCUGCCAUGUCCCGAGCACUGCGGCGUGUAAUGCUAAGGUCUGCCACCCUCACAGAUGA